AUGUUCUACAACACGAAAAAUCUGUUAGGGGAUGUUUGCAAGUAUAUGUAUUAUGCUGGCACUGGAAAUUAUUGGUACAAAAAUAUAUACCACGAAACUGUGCCUUACAAGUUGUAUACCGUAGUGUCUUUUUCUAUUUACACUACAAUGAUUUUUCUUGAAAACCUCGCCGCGUUGUUCGGUAACUUUCCAGAAGUGGAAAAGAAUUCGGCCAACAUGUUUUUUGCUAUACACAAUAUAGUACUCACGAAAAUGUUCCUUUUAUUGUAUCAUAAAAAAUCUAUAAGGAAAUUAAACUUUGAAAUGGCUACUGUUGGUGAGAAAUUAGAAGAAAAAUAUUAUAUGAGACGUCAGGAGUUAAAGGCAAAAAUUGGAAUUAUGUCUUACGUAAUAUCAGUUUAUCUAUCCUUGUUGGCGUAUGGUGUUGCGAGCGCGAGGAGGGUGUUGGUAGAUGGUGUACCUUUCUAUACGGUUGUAACUUACUUACCAUAUUACGAAGACAAUUCGAUCAUAGCGUCAUUUUUCCGUGUAUUUUUCUAUAUAACUUGGCUGUAUAUGAUGUUACCGAUGAUGUCAGCUGACUGUUUGCCUAUCACUCAUCUCAUCACUAUGUCAUAUAAGUUUAUUACACUGUGUCAUCACUAUGAACAUAUAAGAGAGGAAUUUGAUCAUGAUAUAUUGGUUAUAGAUAAAAAAAUGGCUAUAGAUAAGCUCAAGACUGGUUGUUUAGAGGGAAUAUUAAUUCAUCAGAAACUGUUAUUUUUAGCUGAUGAAAUACAUCGUGUUUUCGGAAUAAUAAUGUCACUCCAAGUUUGCGAAAGUUCCGCUGUGGCGGUUUUACUCUUAUUACGUUUAGCGCUCUCACCUCAUAUGGAUUUGAUAAAUGCUUUCAUGACCUACACUUUCGUUGGAUCUUUGUUUUUGUUGUUGGCGCUUAAUCUUUGGAAUGCGGGAGAGGUAACUUAUCAGGCGUCACUAUUAGCGAAUUCUAUAUUUUAUUGCGGGUGGCACCUCAGCAAACUGGAAAAUUUUCGCCAAGAUAUCAGACCACUCGUAUUGAUCAGCUGCGCUCAGGCACAGAAGCCCUUGAUACUCAAGGCGUUUGGUAUACAGGAUUUGUCAUAUGAAACUUUUGUUUCGGUUGCCAGAAUGACUUAUUCAAUUUUCGCAGUAUUUUAUCAAAGAGGUGAAUAAAUAGACUAAUAAAUAUUGCGACGGCGAUACGAAAACAACUUCAAAAUGUUACACAACGAAUCUGUUUUUCUAGAUAUAUACAUCUAGAUAUCAAUAUUCAAA